AUGGCCGGUCUCGCCCUUCUGAGUGUCGCUCCGUUGCUGUCGGCAACGGGCUCGAUAAUGUUUACUAUCUCAGAAGAUACUUUUAUCCGGCCCCUCGUGCGCACCUCCCCCUCAGCGCCAGAGAUGGAGGCCCGCCGGCACGCCAACCGAAUCCUGCCAGGGCUCAUGGACUUCACCCGCAACGGUCUGGCCAUCAUAUUCACCACCUACCCAAUCAGUAUCGCGACCGCGGCAGCCAACCUCGCACGCCACGACGGGGCGGUGGCGCUCUCGGCACAAGCCGCCAGGAAUCCGCGCAUUGCGGCCGGCUUCUACCUCGCGGGUCUUGUCUUUAGCGUCCUGCACAUGCCAUUCGGGCCUGGUGCGAUGAAGCUAUUGGAGGCGGUUCGUGCUGAUAAGGGUACAGACGGGGAUGCAAAGGCAGAUAACACUGCCAGCAUGGCGUCUUGGUUGCGUAUCAACACGAUCAGGGCUUGUGUGGCUGACUUUCCCUCGUGGGCAUGCUACUUCGUGGCUUUUAUGUUUGCGAACUCGUGA